GGCUGAAACCCUUCCAUUGAUAUUCAUCCCGGUGUCCUAUAUAUGAGAUGAGCAGGAAAAAAAACACAGCGCAGUGUGCAAACCUGAGCAUGAUGCGAGACUGAGACAAAGACAAGAGCAGGAUAACCACCUUGGACUAACAACAAAGGAAGCAAUAAAACUGGAUUCAGAAUGGGAACUGUCCCUAACCCAAAAAGGACGGUUACUGUUCAAAUGGUACCUCGACUAUCUGGUACGGAUACUUUGGGUAACAAGGACACAAACGCAAUCUGUCUCCAAAAUUCAGGUUUAAACCUGACAAAGGAUUGCGCUUCUACCCAAAAAAACAAACCAGACCAGGAUAAUAUGCAACAUAAAUCUGCAAUUACAGGGCAACUAUUGGAAGGGACAUCCAACUCUCCUGCUUUUCAUAGUGAGGAUCAGCAAAAACACGAUGCCCAGGAACCUCAUGAAAACCCCAAGAUGGAAACCGGCAAUGUAAAUUCAAAGUUGUUACCAACUGUUGCUGCCAAAAGCAAGGAUGUUUGCUCAAGUAGUCCAUUAUGUGUAGAAAUGCUUCCACAAGAUGACAAGGGGAUAAAUGGCACUCAUGCUGAAGAAGGGAUCAAGGAAGAGCAGAGUGAGGAGAAACUACAGAGUAGAGCAUCGGCAUCCGAGGAACCCACAACUCAAAGUCAAAAGCCAUGUCACACAUGUGAUCCUAAGCUCACAGACUUACCUUUAAGCAACAGGAAUGCAAACAAGGACCAAUUACAUGAACUCAAUGAAACAAGCUGCACCAGAAGCUCAGAUCUAGCUCCGAUCACCAGCAUGGAUGAGAGGAAUCAGCAACAUCGAGAAUCAACUAGGAAACUGCAAGGAGGGACUUGCCCUCAAGGCCUUACCACAGAGGUUUCCAAAUCAGUUUCUAAACCAGCAGAGACCUCUCAGCCAGCAAACAGCAAAGAGAAACCUGAGGAAGAUCUUACUAUAUUACAAGCAAACAAAAUUCAGACCACACCUCUUAAAGAAAAAACAUCCUUCCCCAAAUCUGAAUAUGGUACAAAUGAUCCCAAUUCCCACCAAACUGUUACAAUAAACAGCAGUUCUCAGCAUUCCGCAGACAUCUCUUUAAGUCAGUCAUUUCAUGCUGAAGUGACUGAUGAGGCAGUUCAAACACUAAGCUCAGCUUCGGAGGAUAAUAAGGUUAAACACUGUAAACUGUACCGCGAGGCUUCCACCAUGACAUCAGCAGCAGACUGUGGCACCUCACCCUGCAAACAUCACCAGGAUGUAGAGGUGCAGGCUGUAGCCUUAGUCUGCACUCGAGCAGUUGAAACAAGUCCCAGCCUUUUUCAACACCAACCCAAACGGGUGUCUAUUUGCACUCAAAUGGAACAAAUGGAGACCCUUGCAAUGGUAUACCAUAAGGAGAGUGCAGAGGCACCGAUUACACUGGAAAUGUCUGGUAGUUCAUGUGGCCCAUCUAUCACAACCUUGUCAGAGGUACUUCCUCAUUCUGGAGUUUUGGUGCACACAGAUGGCGUUCUACAACAUGAGACCAGGCUUGGAGCCAAGCCCAAAGAGCCUGGGCCACCAGUUUACAAAGCCCCAAAAGGAUAUUCACCUCUUCAACCAGUUUAUCAGAUCAAUAUUGAGACAUGCAAUCAAAAUAAGCUAUCAACUGAAGGUAGUUGUCAAAGUCAGAGCUGCAGUGACUCACCUGAGCCUUCUGUUUCAAAUUUUAUGAAACAGGACUCCAAGGAGAAGGGCUUUGGUGAGAGUUCGACCAAAGCAACUGAUCAGGCCUGUCAAGCUCUGUCUGUAACAAGUACUCAGUCAGAACAACCUGCCAGACCUCCUGCUGCUAAAUCCCCUAUUUCACAGUCAAAGUCAUCUCCACAUGUGGUCAGUCCUUACACAGCAGCUAAUGAGACUAACAAAGAGGCUUCUGCCCCACCAUCAAGCUCUACUGUAGAGGGCAAAAAAAAGAGAGAGCAGCUCGUGAACAAAUCCAUAGCCAAGUCUGCAACGCAAGAUUCCAAGUUCAAGCCAGAAAGGGAUAAGGAGGAUGAGAAGGCAGCCAAGACAAACAAGAAAAGUGUUCAUGAUGUGGUGUGGGAUGAUCAGGGCAUGACAUGGGAGGUCUACGGCGCCUCGUUGGAUCCAGAGUCACUCGGUUUCGCUAUCCAGAGUCACCUCCAGUGCAAAAUCAAAGAGCAUGAGAAGAAGAUCAUGACUCAGACAACACUCAGGAAAUCCAUGUCAGGUGCAGCGUCUGAUUCACCAUCAGACAGGAAGAUCAAGCGAAGGCAAGCUAAUGUCUUCAGGUCUAUGUUCCAAAACGUCAGACGGCCCAACUGUUGCGUACGUCCACCCCCAUCGGCAGUGCUGGAGUGAGUAAGAACCGCUGAGUAAUCAUGGUCCAAUGUUUGCCUGGUACAGAAUCUUCCUUAAGGGUUUCUAGUGCAAAGCAUGACAGGACUAUUCCCAGUUCAUGAGGCAGAAUGUGUGACAUUUAAAAAAAAUGGUGAGUGUGUAAGUGAAGGCAGUAAACAGUAUUAUUAAAGGAAGUAUUUUAAAAAAAUAAAAGAAUAUGCCAAUAGUAAAAAGAGUAUUUAAAGUGAAAUAGCAAUAACGAUAACUUAUAAUAUAAUAAAGCUAAUGGAACAUAGUUAGUUAUAUGCAUGUAUAUUGGUUUAGAUGGCUGUCUAUUAACAUCCCAGUGUGGGAUCUACAGAUAUACAUUGCACUGAAUAUCAGAUAAGCUUACUACUGCUACUUUUUACAAAACCUUGUGCAGUUGAAUUUAAAAUCUUAUUGUACUAUACGUUUGGUAAAUGAUUGUUUUGCAUUU